GUGUUAAGUUUCCAGCGCCAGCCAUGGUGCCCGUGCCCUACCGCCUCCUGCGAUGAGCCAAAAAAGCGAUGAGGAUCUGCUGCAUCUGCUGGAGAUCCCCGUGGGCGAACUGAUUUUGGAGUCGCGCAUCGGCGUAGGCUUCACGGCGGAGGUCUACAAGGGCAUCUGGACGCGCCGGGGCGACACGGUGGUGGCCAUUAAACAGAUUAACGAAGACGCGCGGAUGCGUUCCGAGCAGCAGCUGGCCUUUGUGCGGGAGAUGAGCGUCCUGACACAGGUGAGACACGAGAACUUGGUUCAGCUCUACGGCGUCUGCCUGGACUCGCGUCCGUUGCGCAUCGUCACGGAGUACUGCGGCGGCGGCGCGGUCUUCGAGCUGCUGCACCAGGGGCAGCCGCCCGUGGAGCUGGUCUAUGCGCAGCAGAUCAAGAUGUGUCGAGAUACUGCCAGAGCCAUGUGCUAUUUGCAUACCUUCAAUCCCAUGAUCAUCCACAGAGACCUGAAAUCUCUCAACAUGUUGCUGGACAAGCCGGUCACAGGUCCCUCGGAGGUACCGUUGAUCAAGGUCUGUGACUUCGGCGUCGCGAAGUUUCAAGUGCAAGCGGGGAACUGGGGUCAGAUGACCAACCAGGCGGGAACCCAGCACUGGAUGGCACCAGAGAUGUGGACCAGCUCGACAUAUGAUGAGAAGGUGGACGUCUUCUCUUUUGCCAUGGUCAUCUACGAAAUCAUUUGCCGUGAAGUUCCUUUUGAAGAGGAGGAGCCGGCGGAGGUGGGCAAAUACACGGUGGCCGGGAUUCGCCCCGAGAUGGACGCGGUGCCGCCGGACUUCCCUGCCGAACUCAUCGCGCUGAUGCAGGCAUGCUGGGCGCAGGACCCCUCGGAGCGUCCCUGCUUCCCAGACGUGCUACAGCAAUUGGAAGCGUUGCGCGGAUGACGCCUUUGCGCCACGGGUGUGCGCGCCGUCACGCCGCCAUCGCUGGUGAAUCGACUGUUGCAUCGCGGUUAGUGGUUUGAGCCUGGUUUGAGCGGCCGGAAAUUGC